AGGAGCAAGACAACACUCCCAGAUCAGUCCUGGGCAAAGUCAAAAUAUUCGAGAAGAUGGAUCACAAGGCAAGAUUGCAGAGAAUGCAAAAGCUCCAAGAAGCACAGAAUGCAAGGAUUGAAAUUGCUCAGAAGCAUCCUGAUAUCUAUGCAGUUCCAGUUAAAACGUACAAGCCAGAUGCCAGCCUGCCCCAGCACACCAGUUCCAGACCCCCUGAGCCGCAGAAGGGUCCCUCCAGACACUAUCAGGAUGCCAGAGGAAGUUAUGGCAGUGAAGCCGAGGAGGAAGAGGAGUAUCGCCAACAGCUGGCGGAGCACUCCAAGCGCGGUUACUAUGGCCAGCCUGCCCGGUACCGGGACACGGAAUUGUAGGUGUCUGUCAAAGCAGAGACUCUUCUGGGUCUGCAGCCACCUCCAACGGGCCCGCCUGCGAGGCCACCAGGUUGAAUCUUUUCCAGUUAACACGCACCGUGGAGGUGUGGUGGUAACAGAGCUCCUGCUUCCCGUGCAAACCCAGGUUCGCUGUUUGGGACAGGGUAGAGGAGUUUAUUAUGGCUUUUUGCUCAGAAUUAAGAGGAACAUUACAGUACGAUACUGUUACUUGCUUCAGUGGACCAACAUCUGUAUUAAUCCUGUCUUGUGUAUUUUUAAUAUGUAUAUUGAGAAGCAAUAAUUAUUUUUUCUCAUUUAUAGCUGCCUUUAAGGACUGCUUCACUGUGAGGCAGACCUGGGAAAAGGAAUAAAAAAUACUGUUGGACUCAAACCACUUUCAAAGAAGUAUUUUAUUACAACUCUCUAAGUGCCUUUGAUGAGAAGAAGUGUCUUAAACUUUCCUCUUUUGAAGCUUUAUGCAAAGCCAUAAUGGACUAAAAUUGUAUUUUCCCUAAAUUUUUGUACCAGUUUAAUAGCUGGUUUUUGCUAUGCUGUGUCAUCUUUUCAAGGCAUUCAUCUUUAUAAUACUUUUCAUAAAUUCUGACUGUACAUAUAAUAGCUGUACUUGGUAGUAUGUCUGUAAGUACUAAAUAGCUUGAAGACCAAGAAGUUGGUAUGGAAAUAUUUUGUUUCAAACCAUGUGUUCCACAAAAGCAGAUACUUGAGAAAAGAUUAUUUUAUUUCCACAAGUUUGUGUAUUGGCAGCAGUUUUAUAAUUUAAUAAAAAGGAAUACAUUUCAA